GGAUAGAGGUGAGGGCUAGAGAGAGAGAGGAAGAGAGCAGGGGGAGGGACGAAGAGAAAGGUGGGCUGCUGACUGAGUUGAAAGAGAGGAAGUGUGACUAAAUGCUGAACACAGGAAGUGGCACCGACUCUCGCUAAAGCUCUUCCAGCAGGAGAGGAGAGUUGACACAACCGUACUUCUCAAACUCAACCCGGGAGACCUGCUGAGGAAGAAAAGGAAGCAGCUCUUUGAUUCUUGGGUGCCGGUGUGAUUGUGAGCCUAAAUGAGAGCAUUCAGGGGUUAAGCUGUAGCAGCACAGCUGAAGACAGACAGAGAGGAUGCCUGCCCCCCCGCCACCCCCACCUGCCCCCCCACCUCCUCCGACCUUUGCAGUGGCAAAUACGGAGAAGCCGUCACUCAGCAAGAGUGAAUCCCAAGGAAGGAACGCUUUGCUGUCCGAUAUCUCCAAAGGUGCUCGGCUGAAAAAGACUGUCACGAAUGAUCGCAGUAAACCCGCAAUCGACAAGCCCAAAGCAGGAGGUGGCGGAGGAGGUGGCGGAGGAGGCGGCGGAGGAGGCGGAGGAGGCGGAGGUGGUGGCGGAGGAGGUCCACCACUAGGAGGUCUCUUUGCAGGAGGCAUGCCCAAACUCCGUUCCUCAGGAGGGAACAGCAACGACACAGGAGGCCCUAGGCCCCCUAUGCUCCCCACAGGAGGCCGCCCCUCAGGCCCCAGACCUUUUGGUGGCGGCAGCCAAACUGCCGGGCCUCCACGUCUCCCUGGCGUCCCAGGCGGGCCCCGGAACAACGCCCCGGAUGUCCCCAGGGCACGGGCCGGCCCGCCACGACCAGAGAACCCGGGUGGACCUCCUCCCCCGGUCCCCACCACCCCACGACCCAACCAGAGUUUUCAGGGCCGAGGGGCCCCACCUCUUCCUGGUGGAGGCCGGACGACCGGCUCAGCCCCAGCCCCUCCGCCGCCUAACCCCCCGGGUCGACACCCAGGCCUGCCUCCUCCCCCUGGCCCUAUGGGGGCCCCAUCGGGCCCGAAACCCAGCUUCGGGGCUCCUCCCGUUCCCAGUGGUGGACGUCCCCCUCUGCCUCCAGCGCCCCAGCCCAGCAGGCCUUCGGAGGACUCCCGGCCUCCACUCCCCCCCCUGGGGGGUCACCGGUCCUCCAUACCCCGGGAAGGCCUCCCACCGCCCCCUUCUUUCAACUCCAAGCCGUCUCGGUCCUCCUCCAUAAGUGGCGGAGGUGCCCCACCUCCCCCGCCGGGACGACCAGGGCCCCCGCCGCUACCUCCAACGCCCACGGGGGGGGACGAACACACCCCCAGGCUGCCAGAGAGGAACCUGUCGCUAGGCUCAAGCGCACCGGCACCCCCCCCAGGUCGCUCGGGGCCACUACCGCCGCCUCCUAGUGAGAGGCCUCCCCCUUUGGGGAGAAACCCCUCGGGACGGACAGGCCCGCUCCCUCCCCCUCCACCCUCUGGUCCGCGCGGGGGCAGUGUGAGGUCUUCCCCCGGUCCCCCGCCUCCUAAUCGCCCAGGAUUGGAGCCCCAAAGGGGUGGACCGCGUCCCCCGCUCCCUCCGGACCGGCCGGGUGUAGGGGGCCCUCCACCCCCGAUGGGCAAUGGAUUCCAGAACUCCUAUAACCAAAACGCAGAUGAGCUUGAAUCCAGGUUCCAGUUCCACCCGAUCUCGGACUUCCCAACUCCAGAACCCUACGUCUCCUGCCAGAAGACCUACCCGAGCCAGAUGGCCAAGUCCGACGGCAAAGGUGCAGACAAAAAGUCCAGGGGUGCCCCACCGCUUCCCCCAAUCCCCAGGUGAGGGGCUGACUGGAUUGUUUUACCUCCUUACCCCGCCCCGUCACUCCAACCUACCCCCCCUCACUCCCAAGCUCGCAGCAAUUGAAGGUCGGUCUGUCACUCCCACUGUCUGUGCAGGCGGCCUCAUAGCACUUCUUCAUUCUGUACGUGGACCACAUUUACCAUGGGACACAGCUCUCCCUUUUGACUUUUGAGUAGAGUAAAUAUUCCCAGCCACCAGGCAGCCCAAUCCAGAUAAAGAGGUGACCAGCACUCCUUUUGAAGCUAUGCAUUUGGUUUGCUCACUUAUGGAAUGUUCAAACUAUACUUUGGUUGAUUGUUUUACUGUGCCUUUUGUUUUUAAAUUCAGGAUCGCUAUGAAAGCUCUUUACUAGACAUUUAGGGAGACAGGCCUGUCAGGUGCUGUGUCUUUGCUAAGUGCACAACUGCCGUGUGGCCUAUCAGUUUAUUUUCUAAGCGUUAAAUGGUACUUUUCAAUGAGAGUGUUGCUGUUUGUUACUGUUCUUGGGAUGUCUCAACUAAGACCAAAUGGACCAUUGUGUGGUCCAUUAUGUCUGGAAAAUGUAUUGAAUGUUUUCCUUUUGCCUUAAAAGAAGAAAAGCAGUCACCCAAACUCAAAAUCAUGAAUGAUGUUUAUGUAAAAAAUUUUUUUUUUUUUUUCAAGAUUCAAGGAAGAACUGUUUUUAAGUUAUGCAUUUUACUAUUUUGACUAUACAACAGUAUUAUCUUAUAAUUGUCUGAUUCUAUGCCAUUGUAAUAUCUCUGAAAUGUUCUUUGUUUUUGAAAAAUCUAUCAAAUCAAUCAAAUAUCUGGUGGCUGAAAUAGAUGAGGAAAUGUUUGUGUUAUAAAUGUUGAAGUUGAUAGGUGAUUAUAUGUCUGGGCCCACUAAUAGAAUGUGUUAGUGUUACUGCACGUAUUCAGGCAUGAUUUAAAGAUGGAUGAACGCGUGCCCAGUGUAAUGCUAAUGAGAGACUGGUAGUUUUGCCUGUGUUUUCUCUGUUCUACAAAAGUAAUAGCAUAUGUAGUUUUGGGAGAAUGGAGCGUGGGAGUGUGUUGGACCAAAGAUAUGUAGGAACCAGGUGCACUUAGAAGACAAAACAACCAUUUCUGAAGAGGACCAAUAAAAGAAAGUAGUUUGUUUCUAAAGAGGUACAUUGACAUGUGCCAUUUGUGUUAAUAGACAACCAUUAUCAGGAAAAGCCCUUUGUUUGAACUGGGGGAGCAUUAUCAGAAGCCUUUUUUUAAAAGGAUCAUUAAAAAUAACGAAAAGGUUUGUGUCAGAUUACCGAUAUCAUGAAUGAUAACGUUCCUAUGGGAUAAUGUUAUUUCUUGGCUUCUUUUACAUUUUUCCUUUUUCCGUUCUUCUGUUGUAUGAUUACAUUUACAAUGGUACUGCUUCAGAGUGCUUUGAGCAUUUUGGCACCGAGAGGAACUUGUAUUUUUUAGAUUGAUUCAACUGCUCGCAUUUUUACCUCUUUCAUUGUAUUUCUUUCCUGAUGCUUUUCAUUAAAAUAAAAAAAUUGGAUUUUUCAUUUAAA